AUGGCAGAUGAUGAUGCCGUUGAGACGAAGGUGGUCGAUGCCAGGUGUGGUGGAGCUGUAGGCGCACCUCUCAAGUACAACAACGCCCCUCGCGUCAUGGUGUCGGCACAAGGUGACGAGCCCGUGGCCAUCAAGAUGCCCGUGUACGCCCCACCGCUUUGCAAGACGGUGCCUUUCUUUCGGCAGGACUACAAGCACAUCUCUUGGUUCCGCCGCGUGUACUGGAUCCUAUGCUUGGCGGUGGCCUACGGCGGCCUCUUCUUCCCAUGGUUUGGCCUGGUCCUUGUGCCCAUCAUGUCAGGUCUCACGCUUCUGGGUUUCUUCCGCGGCCGCGAGUGGUGCGGAAACUUCUGCGACCGCGGCGCCCUCAUGGACGGACCACUCCGCAUCAUCCACGCAAAGCUCUUCGCGUUGCCGCUGCUUCGCCGAGCCCCCGACACCGUGGGCCAAAUCCCGGAGGUCCUCAAGCACCCGGCCGUCCGGCUGCUGGUCUUCCUCGUCCUGAUCACGUUCUUCGUGACCCGCGUGAUCAUGGCGUGUAUCGAGUGCGAGGACUUCGAGGGCCCCGACUUCUGGAAGAAGAUCGCGAUGAUCGGGUCGCGGAUGUGGCUCAUUUCGGUGUCCAUGGUCAUCGGCAUGGGGGUCCUGUUCGGCCCUCGGUCCUUCUGCUAUGUCUGCCCCAUGGGAACCUGGCAGAUCGCGAUGCACUGGAUCCAUCACAAGAUCUUCGGCAAGAACUCGAACAAGUGUGAGCCGCUGGUGACGCUGGUGGACCCGGACGCCUGCCUGAAGUGUGGGCAGUGUACUAGGGUCUGCCCCAUGCAGCUGGACGUGCACAACGAGUUCGACGACCUGGGCCAGCUGCGGAAUGUGGACUGCAUCAAGUGCGGAUCCUGUGUCUGGUACUGCGCCCAACAGAUCCUUGAAUUCCGCGGGCCCAACGUCAACGAGCACCCAAACCCUCGGAGCUCUCCGAAUGUGCCGGCCCCUGCUAAGCAGGCCACGCUGGUGGACAUCGAAGACCUGAGUGGCGACACCCGGAAGUUCAAGUUCCGAACGAUCGAUGGCAAGGGCCUGGCUGGUGGCAAGGCAGGCCAGUAUGCCCUGGUGCAGGUGGACCAGAAGCGAAACGUCUACCGGGGCUACACCAUCUCCUCAGCAGACCCGUCUAAGGACAUCUUGAAAUAUACUGGUGCGAAAAAAGCAGUGUCCGAAGUCACGGGAGUUGACCUCAUUCGCUGUCAGAGCGGUGCGACCUAA